AUGCGCCAGAAAUUUGUUAAACUUACUGUAGAAAACAAAAAAUAUUUCUGGAAUUGGCUGCGUCGAUUGUUGGUUAUUGAUCCGGAACGUUCAUCUGGAAUUACAUAUAAUAAUCAAUAUCGUAAGCCGGCACCUGGAAGUCCUGAAAGGCUUUAUGCUAGACCGUUAAACCUUCCAGCAUCCGAUAUUUCGGAGAAUUCAUAUUGGAAAAGAGAUAUGCGUCGAAAUUAUCCUAGACCUGGAAUAAUUACACAACCUAUUUUAGCAAAAUUGUUUGUACUUGGAAGUGUAGAGAAUCCAAAAAUUUCAGAACCAUCGGAAACUGAAGCUCAGACAACUACCCCUGCCAUAACACAAUCACUAUCAACUAUUUUAUACAAUGCUGAGCCAUCUGAAAUCCGGAAAUUUGUGUUAACAGAUAAAGGCAUUGCUCCUCAUCCUGGUAACUCUUAUCAUUGGACGUUAGAUGAAAAAAAUGGAUAUCCUUCAACAUAUUCAGUACGAACAUUUCGCUAAUUUAUGGGAAUAUUAUGAAUUUUUUCAUUUAUGUUUACCUAAAUGGAUGCUUUAUUCGAAUCUUCUUCAGUAUCUGAUAAUUGCAACAAACUAUUUAAUUCUUUCUUGAUCAUUUCUCGUGCAUAUGCUUCUAUAUCUUUUGCCAUAGUUUCAAGAAUUUUUUUAAUCUUAUUGUCAAUUCUAUAGAAUAUUUCAAUAAAACGAUUAUAUCUUGUAUUUAAAAUAAUGUUUGUUAUAACUGUAUAUGUUUCACGUAAAAGAUCGCACAAUACAAGAACUGUCUGUGUAUAGGAUGGCAUAAAAGGUAAAUGAGGAUAUGUUAAUGAUUUAGUAACACUUUCCUCCUCAUCAAAAUAGGAAUUUUCUAUAUUAAAAUUACUUUUGCGAGAUCCUCUUGAACCAAAAAAUGCCUUCAUUCUAGGCGUCCAAGUUCCAAAAUCUCGUGUUGUAGUUUCCCACGUUGUGAGAAUUGUAAGAUAGUUUUUUAAAUAAUCUUCAAAUGUUUGGGACGUUGAAGGCGGUACUAAAGAAGAAAGCAGAUAUCCAAGCAUAUGAUAAGAUUGAGUCCUUACAUUAUUAGAAAUCCAAUAAUAAAUAAUAAAUAUACUUUUUGCAAGCAGGU